UGCAAUAUUGUUUAAUAGGCUACAGUUUAUAGCACCCUGAUAAUAGGCAUGAGGCCACAAAGUGCUGUUCAUGAACAAAAUAUAGAAUCGAAUCCCAAUGUUUGUUUGAAUCUUUCAUCUGCCCCUGCUGAACCUGGACUACAAUCAACACCACGACCUGCAACAGCUGGAUUGCUGACAUCAAGAUCAAAUGUUUCAACACAUUCAACUUCACAAUUGAGAUCUGCCGGAAGUGCUCAUACAGAUGGAUUGUCGUACUUUGAUAAUUUUAAUAAAAAUGAACUGAGAGAAUUGAUAGCCGAGAGCAGAGCAAGCUGGUUAUUAUCAUCUGACUUUCGUGGCCAGGCUGGAUUGCCAUUUGGUUUAAUUUCAAAUAUGAAUUUAAGUCAUACUGAGCAUCUUACUCUGCUUUUUCCAAAACCAAAAGAUGUUGAAGACUUGGAAUACCGAGAACUUCAUCAAAUUGUUCGUGAACUCACUACUGGUAUAUUUGCCAUGAGCCAAAUGCCAUGUUUAUCCUUAGAACCAAGUUUUGACUUUAGCUCAUCAUGCCAAAUGCCAAUGGCAUAUAAAGAUACCAGGGUUGGACAAAUACUUCUUGAUGUUGAUUAUGCAAUGAAGUCAUUAUGGCAUGGAGUUACUGUUCCUAAAAGCAAGAGGUUGAAGUUAUCUGAAAAAUGGAGAACUUUACUAGAUAUUAAUUCUGCUACUGGUGAAAUGAAUAAGGAAAAAAACCCAUACACCGAAUUUUCAAAUGCUGGGCAAGAAGAUAUGAACGAAAAUCCAUGUUAUCAAAAUAUUUAUCAGGAAUUAAACAAUAUUGAUCCCAAUGAUGCAACUGCUACCAAUGAGAACAUGUUUGUAAAUAAAUAUUUAGAAUUUGUUCGUUGUGUGAUGUCAAUGCAUAUGUCAAGUGCAAGAUGUUGUUCAAGUGAAAAUGUUGUGGUUUGCAAUAUUGACUACGACAUUUCAACCGCUGUUUCUCUUUAUGAUGAUGAUCACAUUCCUCCAGCAGACACGCAGCGACUGAGGCGAAGAUUAAGACAUCAUAUAAAAGUAAUAGAGAAAGGAUUGCUUGCUGAUCCUUCUACGAGACGAAAUAUUGCUUUGUUGAAAUUUAUUGCUGCAACUUCUAUUGUGUUAGUUGCAUUACGCAAAAGACUUAUGAAGGUACCAAAAACUGAUUCACUACUUCAUCCUCUUCAAUGUGAUGAUUUACGAACUGAAUCUGAAUUUCCUCCAUUUGCUUUUAACUUGAAUAAAAGUAAUCCAUGCCGUACCUUCACAGUUGAUAAAGAUGGAAAUUCAAAAUUAUUAACGCAUAUGCAUGGAGAAUUACAAUUUGAUAGUGAUACUGCAGCUGUUAAAGAAAUAAAAGAUGAACAAUGGUGCAACAUCACUCAUAAAGAAUCUGUUGAACAUUUACAAACUAUUUUAAACAACCAAUUGAAACUUGAAUAUGAUGUACCGGUUACGCUAUUCGAGAAUACAAAGCAUUAUGUAAUAAACAUUCCGCUGACAACCUAUUACCCCACAAGCCCUCCAAUACCACAAUGGCUCCAUGCCAGAUAUCAGCAGCUUAGCAGUUUAUGUUCUAAAAAAUUGAUCAUGAAUGAUAUACAGCUUGCAGAAUUGCUAAAACAAGUUUUUGGAUUUAGAAAGGCACUUGCUCACAAGAGCAUUGAGGCAAAAAUGCGAUUGUGUGCUUGUAGGGGUUUGGUUGCUGCCUUUGUUACAUUGAUGAAAAAAGUUGCAAGCACAUGUCUUUUUGCACCAGAUGUUCAGGGUAUGACUCUAUUGCAUUAUUGUUGCGCUCAUAACAAAUCUUCAAUCUUAAGUGUUCUGCUUAACCAAAAACCAAAUCUGAACACAAGAAGAACCGAAGUCAAUCAACAAACAACUCAACCAGAAGAUAAAACUAAGCUGCUAUUGACUGAAAGAUCAGGAGUGACUGCAUUGCACAUAAGUGCAAGAUGUGGAUCACUUACUUGUGUCAAUGCUCUCCUUGAUAGUCGUGCCAACCCAAUGUUAACCGACAGUAAAGGUUGGUCGGCAGUUCAUCACGCAGCAGCAUUUGAUCAAACAGCAAUCUUACGAUGUAUAUUAAGAAGAUAUCCAAGUUUGCUUGAGCAACCAGCAACAGGAGGAGAUAAUUCUACACCACUUCUUGUUGCUGCAUCAUAUGGUUCACUAAAUGCACUGAAGUUUUUAAUUAAACUUGGUGCUUCAUUGAUGGCUAGCGAUAUUUCAGGAAAUGGACUUAUUCAAAGAGUUAUCCUUAACUUUCAUAGUGAUGUCCUUCUUUACUGUAUUGAGCUAACCCAGGAUGGCUCAAUGUUAGAAAACAACACAGAAAAUAUUUUUAAAGUCUGGGAUGUUAUGAUUGACAUGUUAAAAUCUUCCAUUAUUGAACAAAAUGCUGCUCUUCGAUGCAUGGAAAUUAUUCUUCACCAAUGUCCACUGUACUGGAAGGAACUUCAAUUGGCUGGCGUAAUACCUCCACUGGUUGCUGUAUUAUCAAGCCCAACAAAAAUACCAAUAUCCUCUCUACAUGGUGGAUCAUCAUCACUGCAAUCCCUUGCAUGUUCAGUAAUCUGCUUAAUGAGCGAACAUAAAGUGGUACAAGAAGAAAUUUGUAAUAAUAAAGCAAUUCCUGUACUUGUUUCACUGUUGAAAACUCCCAAGUCAACUAGUCAUACCGCAAUAAAAGGGGAAGAAUUAAUUAAUCAAAGAUACGAAUUGCAAUCUCGUUCUUCCGUUGUACUCUGUGAUCUUGCGCAGUUAGAUAACAUCGCUGCAAGGAUAUCUGAUUGUGGUGGUAUUCCACCUCUUGUUGAUCUUCUACAAACGGAUGUUGUUGAUGUAGUGGUAAACUCUAUUUUGGCAAUAGCUGCACUUUGUAGGGGUGACAUAUCCGAAUGUGGUGAAAUACAAAAUCAAAUAGUAAAAUACGGAGCUGCUUUGUUAUUGGUUGGGUUUCUUACUGUUCGAAAUGAUGCUUUGCAAAUAUCCGCAUCAGAUGCCAUUGCUGCUCUCUGUAAAGGCAACAACAACAUUCAAAAUAAGUUUGUUGAACUGGGCGUACUUCCAUGUUUGGUGACCAUUGUAAAAGGACACUGUAUUCCUGCACAAAUGAAAUCUGCACUUGCAAUAGAUUGCAUUACCCAUGAAAAUCCUCAUGCUCAGUACACUGCAAACUUGGAAAAAGCUCCUCAUGCUUUAUGUAGAUUAUUUCAUAUAUGGUCAGAUUCUGUGAAGGAAUGCGGUGCAAACGCCUUAUGGUCUUUAGCUGGAUGCCAUCUACAAAAUCAAAAAGAAAUUUCUCUUUUAAUCGGGACAAAACAAUUGAUUGAAAUGUUGAUCAGUAAAUCUGAAACUCUCCAAUAUCUAGGGUGUCUUGGAGUAGGUGCAAUUAGCAAAAAGAGCAAAAGUGGUCAGAUCAUGUUGGCAAAUGAUGGAACCAUUCCUCCAUUGGUGCGUCUUCUAAGACGUGAUUGUACUUCAAGGAAAGUUGUAAUGGCUGCAAUGAUGGCUAUAAAUAAUUUGUGUGUAGGAAUUGCUUGUUUAAACAAUACAAGAUUACAAGAACUCCUUGCUGAAGAAAAUUUAAUUGAUCUUCUUAUAGACAAAAUAUGGCAAACUUCUCAAGAUGAAACUAUACAAGUUGAUCUUUUGUUUUGUCUGGCUUCUGUUGUCACUGGUUGCACUAAUAACGAAGUCAUUUUAAAUAAAAAUGGAGGUUUUGGAUUCGAAAUUUUGCUGGAACUACUGCAUUCCCCACACUUGGAAGUUCAACACAAAGUAAUGUCGGCAUUGGCAACUUUUUCUUUUAAUCGUAUUUAUCAACAACAAAAAAUACUGAAGUGUGGGGGAAUACCUUUCUAUAUAUUUAAUGCUUUACUUGAAUCUCACAAUAUUGCCAUAAAAUCAGCUGCUGCGUUUCAGUUGGUUAUUCUUGCAAGAGUGGUAACUAUGACUACUGUGGUUGAUGCAUCUGCAAAAGGAAUUAUUGAAUUAGUGAAACUCCUGGACAGUGAUGAUGAUAAUGUAACUAUUUUGGCAGCUGAGUACAUUGCAAGUCUAGCACACACUAGAGCUGGAGUUCCUGAUGCAAUUGUUCAAUUGGGAACAGUUCCGAAACUUGUAAAAAAACUUAAAUCAGCAAACCAACAAUUACGACAAGCUGCAUCACAAGCACUAGGUUAUUUGUCAUUCAAUCGAACUGCAAGUAGAGAACUUAUGGCAGCAUGUAGAGGGACUGAUGGUGUAUAUGACUCCUUGAUCAAUAAUAUUGGACCAGAUGGGGUUGUGGCUGAUGAAUUUGUCGCAGAGUUUAAAUGCCAAUCUGCAAUUGGUCUUCCUAUACUGAAAGCCCACAAACAUCCUGCAUAAAUCAAAAUAUGCAGGAGUGUACGAAGUGAUUGUAAAUAGGCCAAAUAUUUCUUAGCAAAGGUUCUUUAAUUUUAUUGCAAUCGUAGAGUUGGUUUUUCUAAAAAACCAAGGUGGUCAAUUUAUAGUAGCAAUCUAUAUAUUUCAAGCGUUGAUGAGGCAUAACUGGUCAGAAACACACAGUUUUUGAGCCAAAGGCUCUUUUAAAGUCGGACCAAACAUAAUGACAACCCGUCGUCGUGAUAUAUUCAGACCUACCGGUACAAAUCUAUCAAUCAAAUAUAUCAAGAUCCGGUUAAAAACGUCCGAGACAAAAUGUUACUAAACACAUUUGCAAAAUGUGUUUAGUAAAUGCCCAAAAUCUUUUCAAAGAAAACAUUUGAUGAUGAACGAAAAUAAAUGUUAACGAUAUUAUUCGUGAUCCGACGAAGACUGUGGUUAGGUUGUAAUAUUCGGUGUGGCACGAUUACAACAUUUUUUUAAUGGCUAUAAAAGCAUAUUAAUAAAUUGUUGUGCUUUGUCUUAUUUACAUAUAUUUCUAUUAAUAAAGUCCUUUAUAAAUUGAAAUUAACAAUGAUUUUAAACUGUCCUAUCCUAUGUGUUUUCCAACUUGUAAAAUUACAUUGUGCGGAUCUGUGGCACAGACCAAAACACAUCUGACCAAUUAACAAUUCAUUGAACGAUAUAAUUAUAAACAUGGCUGGUGAACAACCGAGCAGCAAAUUGACUCCGCAAGAUCCAGUAUUAGAUGUGUUAAGAUGACAUGGGCAUGCCUUUUCUACUCGCUGAUUUGGGUCAGAUAGACCUUAAGAACCAUCACAUACCGGAGAUGGCAGCCCAGUAAGCCUUCUUUCUCGAUGUAUAUCACAUGGGGCCAAUAGAUUGUAAAAAGAUACAUUAUCACAGGAACAGACUGUGGUAGUAGUUUACCGCUACCUCAUCUUGAUAACAUUCCGGCGCUUUUAUUCCUGCUGCCCGAGCCGAGUAAUUAACCACUUUGUUGUGUCAUGUUGUGCGCACAGUCACCAGUUAGUUUAGUUGGUACUGCAGUAUAGUUAUGUUGUUUAUCUUUUCAUCGUUUUAGUUUGUUAAACCCAAAUAUAACAAGUUACUUAAUCACACAGACUAAACUGACUUUAUGCAAAACCUGGUCAACAGAGCAACUAGACACACCAUGACAAACACACACAGAACUUCUGUGUUAAAAGUUCUAUUUACAAAAACAUGUUUUCUCCUUCCCGAAGAAUUCCUUGUGGAAAAGUUACAAAUAUUCACACUCGCAGUUCAAUCAUUUACUAAUAUAAUGUAUAUUUUCAUAAUAUUAAUUCUGAAUAACUUGCAAACACGAUGUUAAGCUUGACAGAAUAAAGGUAACAGGCAACAUAAGUUCUACUGAAAAAAAUUCUGUAUUGUAUAGAUUAAACCAAUAUAUAAAGUUUAGUAAGGACACCAAUUCAUGCAAGAUAACACAAUAUUGUACACUGUUAAAAUAAGACUUUCAAUUAACCAGAACGAUGCAUUAAUAAUAACAUAGCGCUGAAUCAACUUGUUGAUUGGAUUUAUAAAAACAUUGUAUACCCGGAUAAUAAACCACCAGCUUAUUAAAUAUUUUUAACGUAACAAAGUGAACUGGCUUUUUCUCAAAUACGGAAUUAU